AUCUCAGCUCUUGUCAGGUCGCCGCUUCCCAUUCUCCGCUCUACCAUCAGGUCAGGCCAUGAACUGCAUCCUGCUCGCUGUGCAUGAGCUCAUGGUCAAAUGGAUACUGUGCAACCCAAAAAGAUUACUGUUCAAACAAGUUAAUACUGAACACACCAGUGUUCGUGACUUUGUGCAAUAAAGUAUAGUAAUGCACAGACUACUGUCUACUUUUGUGUUGCAAAACAUGUACUUGAACUAUGCUUGAACUAACUAAUGUCUGCAAAGUGUAUGUGCUGUAUGUGUCUUCAAAGUGUAUGUGUAUCUGUAAUGUUAAACAGAUGUCUAAUGGUGCUGCUUGGUGCUCAACAUGGGCCCAUAACCUUUGACCCAUGAGGCCAUAGCCUUUGACCCAUGAGGCCAUAGCCUUUGCUACGUCAGAGAAGUGUAUGAAACCUAUAACUAACUUAAAUGUAUUAUUUCAUAUAAGAAACUCAAUACUAUAAUAGAAAAACCACCAUAGUGGCGAGAUGAAGCCUCAUGACGCUUUUAAGCUUUUUAGCCAAGUGGUUCACAAAAGGGUCAUUUCUCGAGGCUUCAUUUGCUCACAAUACCAUCUGGUGGCCAAAGAGGGCAAAACAAGUAGAUACAUUACAGAUGUGCCUGAUGGGGUCUCUGAUACACUGUAUUUUGCACCAGUUAAAGCUAAGAAAUAACAGUGAAGAAAAAAAAUCAAUUUCCACUUAGACUAAUCUAUUUAUAUGAAUAUAAUGUGUAUUUUCUGGUGGUAUAUAAUAUAAUUAUUGUAUAACAUAACUAUGUAAUUAAUUUAUUGGCUUGAAAUUAAUGGGGCCAUCAAAUGUGUGUAAAUCAAUUAUUUGGACAUAAUAGGCAGAAGGGGCAAUAUUAUUAUUCUAAAACUGGAAAGUAUCUGGUUUCACUGGGCAGAGGGCAGUGAGUGUGCUUGUGGUACUUACUGAACCACUCAGGCGGAAGCGAGGCUUCAGACGUCAUGACGUCAUUGGUCUAAAGCGAUACAAGCCUCGAUACGCGCUUCACUGAAAGCUUCCAGGAUUUUUCCACACACGCUCCGAUACCUCGGCUCAGAACCUAACGUCACUACUUUAAACACAAAGGUCUGUUUCUCCAAGCCACACUUGAAAAGCAAGUUAUGUGUGACGCAGAAUUCAUUAAAGAGGAGAGUGAAGACAUGAGUGUUACAGACACCAGCACAAUGAGAAAUGAAGACGCUGCGGAACAAAGAGACCUAAUGGAACUGGAAGAAACAACAGUAUCUGUAUGUCCUCAUUGUGGAAAGAGAUUGGGAAGUGAAGAGCAGCUUGUGAAGCACAUAAGAAUCCACACUGAAGAAAAGCCCUUCACCUGCCCUCAGUGUGGAAAGAGUUUCUCAAGAAAAAGUUAUUUCAAGACCCACAUAAGAAUUCACACUGAAGAAAAGCCAUUCACAUGUGUUCAGUGUGGAAAGAGUUUCACAAACAAAAGUCAUCUAGAGGACCACAUGAGAAUUCACACCGGAGAAAAGCCAUUCACAUGUGUUCAGUGUGGAAAGAGUUUUACACAAAGAAGUGUUCUCAAGACCCACAUGAGAAUUCACACCGGAGAAAAGCCAUUCACAUGUGUUCAGUGUGGAAAGAGUUUUACACAAAGAAGUGUUCUCAAGACCCACAUGAGAAUUCACACUGAAGAAAAGCUACACGCAUGUGUUCAGUGUGGAAAGAGUUUCACAAGAAAAACUGGUCUUGUGUCCCAUAUGAGAAUUCACACUGGAGAAAAGCCACAUGUUUGUUUUCAGUGUGGAAAGAGUUUCAAAAGCAAAUUUAAUCUAGAGGUCCAUGUGACAAUUCACACUGGACAGCGUCCAUACACAUGUGUUCAGUGUGGAAAGAGUUUCACAAGAAAAAGUAAUCUAGAGAAACACAUUAGAAUACACACUGGACAAAAGCUGUAUGCAUGUGUUCAGUGUGGAAAGAGUUUCAAAUACAAAAGUAAGCUAGAGGUCCACAUGAGAACUCACACUGGAGAGCGUCCAUACACAUGUGUUCAGUGUGGAAAGAGUUUCACUCAAAAAAGCAGUCUUAAGACACACGUGAGAAUUCACACUGGAAACGGCCUAUACAACUGUACUCCGUGUGGAAAGAGUUUCACACACAAAAGUCGUCUAGAGGACCACAUGAGAACUCACACUGGAGAAAAGCCGUAUGCAUGUGUUCAGUGUGGAAAGAGUUUCACAUACAAAAGUGUUCUUAAGACCCACAUGAGAAUUCACACUGGAGAAAAGCCAUUCACAUGUGUUCAGUGUGCAAAGAGUUUCAAAUACAAAAGUAAGUUAGAGGUCCACAUGAGAACUCACACUGGAGAGCGUCCAUACACAUGUGUUCAGUGUGGAAAGAGUUUCACUCAAAAAAGCAGUCUUAAGACACACGUGAGAAUUCACACUGGAGAAAAGCCUUUCACCAAGUAGGGGUCUCUGCAUGUCAGAGAAAUGGGCGUGCCGAAGGUUCCUCACUGGUCAAAGGUGCUCCGCCUUGGCAACUGAGUUGACCAAUCAGCGUUAAUCACACAAAUACGUCGUUUCUUUUAAAUAUGAAGAUGGUCGCAAUAAGGCAUGAUGCAAAAUUUGCAAAUUUGUGAAUAUAAGCCGUUAAAGACUAAAUCAAAAUGUAUCAGACGAGCCAGUGUUUUUGCUAAAUUGCUGUAAUAAUACAUUACAGAAGGUAACUAAACAGCUCUUACUCAUCUAGAAGCAGCUGUCGUUAUGUUUUAUGAGUAUUUCAGUCUUACUGCAUGUUUUU